AUGCCUUGCCCGAUAAGCAUUACGAAAUUCGUCGGGACCAUCUCCCUUGGUCUAUUGACAGGAACAUCGUACACACUAACCACCAUCACUCUCCCGUCCCUCGCACUCCUCCCGUCGGCUUCCCUAGCCGCGCGAACCCUUGCGACCAUCCAGACGCAAUCAUCCCGACAGAUCCUCACCCUGGCAUCGGUCUCAUCACUCUCCCUUAUCACAGCAUUCAGCCUCGCUUCUCCUCGCGGCCGCCAUCCGUACCUUUUGUGGACGGCCCUCGUGGCGUUCAUCGGCGGCCAGGGCGUUGAGUACUACUACAAUGGCCUCUCCCGAUUCCCGAGCCUGAGCUACUCGCGACCCAGCAGGGGCAACGCGAAUGUCGUCAGAGGGACCAGCCCGGGCGGCUCCGAUAGUGGCUUCAUCGAAGUCGAGGCUUCCGCAACCGAGGACCAGGUCAAUGGCGAGAAGGUCGAGAUGGAAAUGGCACGGGAGCGAAGAAUACAGAAGGUGCGGAGCUGGAUCGCUGGUGUUGGGUUCGCCAUGGGGGUGGUUGGUAUCUGGGGUGACGGUGCGUAA